GGACAGCUAAAAAAACAGAGGGUCCUCGGUUGAGGGACCUCGCGGACAAGUAAACAAAAAAAAGAUGUUGCGCUAAUUAACAUAAAAUCAUCGAUUUAUCUGAAUUAAUCCAAUAAUAGCGUCGUGUGAUCGAUUACAAAGCGAUGGCGGAGGAUAACGAGCUGGAAAAGCGAGCAGUGGAGGAGCUCCUCAGGGAGACUGACAGGGCUCGGGUCAGAGCAGAGACCAUGGGCCCCACAGGAUGGUUGAAGUGUCCUCUGCACAGCACCAACAAGCGUUUCCUCCUCAACACGCUGCGCUCCACCGGCCUGCAGCGGCGCACCGGUGAGCCCAGAGACGGACACUCCACCACGAGAGGGCGUCUGAAGAGAGACUCCCCGGACAGAAGCCGAGACCGCAGCAGAACACCUCCCAGAGAUCACAGGAGCAAUGGAGGCCACACCGCGGAUCAUAAACACCAUCAGAGGGACAGCUGCAAUAACAAAGAUAAGAAGCAGGAUAGAGACAGAGAGAGGACUUACAGGAACAAAGACAACAGAGACCGGAGACAUGGGAGGGAUGGUGAGAACAGAGACAAAGACAGACUUCAUGAGUAAAGACUUGUGUCCACAGGAGGAACACUGCUUCUUUUACAAAGGCCACACCUUCUCCAGGGAGCAGGGGAGGUGGACACUCCUGAGACUGCUCUCUGACCAGCUCACAGAGCUGCUGGCAGGCUCAAAGACCUGAGCGGGAUGGCUGGCAGAUAAGACAUUAAUAGGAGGAGGGUGGAGGAGCUGUCUUAAAUGAUAGACAGCUACAACUGUUACAACUACUCUUUAAUUCCUUUUUUUAAAAGUCUGAUUUUCUACAGAAAUUGGAGUGAAUAAACUCCUCACAUGA